AUGGCUACUGGUAGUCAGUUGCAGCCUUCAGCCGUAAGCGCAUUUCCGCAACCUCCGGAAUAUGCGAAGCAAUAUACUGAUGAAAACAUCGAGAAGAAGACUGUGUUGCCCCCGCCUCCAGUGCCGAACGAAUUUACUGUUUUUGGCGAAGAUUAUGACUUUGAUGAGGAAGUUGUCAGAACUUUGCAAUCGCAAAAGUUGCAACAGCUGUACUCGAAUACAGCAAAUUGGCGUGAGGAGUUGAAGAAACUAAACAGAAGUGCUGUCGCUGCGUUUCUGGAUUUGUUGGACAUUCUGAUAAGGUGUCCUAGUCAUCCGGAAAGGCAUGAGAAGUUGCAAAAUCUUCGUUUGCUGUUUAUAAAUAUGCAUCAUUUGAUAAACGAAUAUCGCCCUAUACAGGCCCGUGAUACUAUCCAGACUAUUAUGAAGGCACAAAUUGAAUCAAUUAAUGAGGUUACGAUUCGGUUACGGGAUUUUUUGGAUGCUGGCAGACGACUGCUCAACGAAUGUUAUGGUGAAAUGCGUUGCUUUGCUGAUACCGUGGAGGUGAACCCUGUAUUAAUGACAGAUGUCGGCUCAGAGCGAUUUGACGAAGUUAGUGAAAACUUGCGCCGGUUUGCUGAGGAGGCAAAUAAACCUAAAGAAGCAAGAUUUAGCGCUGAAGAACGAUGGGAGGCUUUAAAAAUGGACAUGGCAGUCUAUGUGACAUUAGUUCGGUUUUAUGUGCUAUUGACACUAAUGUACGGGAAAAACGUGUGGGUAGUAGUUCAUAGUGUAGUAGUUAAUUUUUUAUGGGUUUUCAGAAUGACUGAAAGUUGUGCUGUUCCGCAAGAGGCAACUGAAAUGAUGGCUCGUUUUGAGCGGACUGGUGUAAGGCGUGGCCUCAUGUGCACGGAGUGCCAUAAAUAUUUCCGCUCAAGGGAAGAGUUGUUCAUUCAUGCUGAAGGAUGUUUGUUGGAAGCCUUUGAAAGUGAAGUUGUUACCGUAUUUUCCGAUAUGCCUCUUCUGAAGGUGCCUCCACCAGCUAUUGGCCCUGUUCCAUCUGGAAUUACAGUCAAGAGCGAUAAUUUGAGUGGGCCACCUCACCUUGACCCCGAACAUGGUCAAAGUGUGGUUAUUUUACCUUCAACAAGCUCGCACAAGUCGUUGCAAAAUGUAGGUUCGUCAGAAGACAGUGGACUAGCUGGGCCACCACCAAAACUGUCACGUUACCAAACGGAUUCUUUAGAAGCUGAGGAAAUUCGUAGUCCAAUUGCUUACGAAACGUUAGACUUAAAAUGGGUACUUUUCAGUGCAUCGACUAGUGUAGCAGAAACAAGCAACGCCAGAACAAUUGAAAGUUCGAAUGGGUUGAGACUGUUGGUGUCUGUUGAAAAACCACCUGUUUUUCAUGAAAGUAUAGAUGAUUUUCCAGACGAAGAUUCUGAUGACCCGGGUGAAGAAGUCGAUGAAGAUGUUACGACGAUAGGUUUCGGAAUUCUAGUUAUAUUUUCUGAAAUGCCUGUGCUGCUUUUAUACCACCUUUUUUUUUUUUUUGGAAAUUUAAUACUUUACUUCACUGGUACUGAGAAACGGCUUCAGAAUUUUUCAGCUACAUCGGGAUCUCCGAUCUUAGGAGGCAUAAGUGGCAAAGUAAUCGGAGCGUUAGCAAAUGCGGAUGAUGAUCCUUACCGUCCAAAAAUGGAAUGUCCAACUUGUGGUCUUAUAUUGUACCGCCAUAAUUUUAGUACGCAUUACAGGAUUCAUACAGGAGAAAUGCCAUUUGCAUGCCAGUUUUGUAGCAAACGCUUUCGCACUACCUCUGCUCUUAAAGUACAUAUUAGAGCUCAUACCGGUGAAAAACCAUAUUGUUGUCCGAAGUGUACGUAUUCUUCAAUAACGAAGCGAAAUCUAGAUCGGCAUAUAAUUAAUAAUCAUAUCCGAGAAGGCGAAAGAAGAGGUCCUCGGCAAAGGAAAUCUAGAUAUCGUGAUGAUACGGACGAAUACUAUACUUUUGGAGAAUUGGCUGAGAGCAUGGAUGGCGAUCCAGUGGACCAUCAUUACAUAUUAUUGGGCGAUAAUGUAUUCGUUUCGAUUUUGCAGUCUUCUCUCCUUGGUGGGCCUAGAGACGAUGGCGUUGUUGUGCAGAGACUUAAUGAUGACGAAGAGGUCGAGAUUUAUGGGGCUGCUGAACUUGAAAGGAUAUAA